CAGUCAUGGCAUUAGCAAAAUGGAUGAGUUUCGUCAUUUUCCUUUUCUUUUUUUCUGCAGUUGUUCAGACUGUUAACGCAGAAAGGAGGCGUGGCCAGGGUAGAUGCAGAGGAAACAGGAAGCCCCAGCCGUGUGAGGAAUUAUACACAGUAGACGAAGACGGCUGCUGUCGGCCCUGCAAGUGUCGCAAGGGUCGUGGAAGACCAAGGGGGGCAAAGAAUCCAUGUGCAGAAGAAUGCUUUAAGUGUGAGCGCGGAAGAACAUACAAUGACAAGUUUGACUUCUUCUGUAAGCCAUGUCAAGGAUGUUAUGACAAUCGCAUGGUAGAGCAGCAGUGUACUCGGAGGAGGAACAGAAAGUGUGGGGAGGGCUGCAUUCCUGGGUAUUACCGAAGGUUGACAUACAACAAGGAACUUGAGGAUAACUGUGUGCCAUGCACAAAAGACAAUAUACACAUACGUGUAUGUAACUUGUACUUCAACUCACCCUUAAACAGGAGCACUACAAAGGCACCAUCCAGUCUUAUCAGAAACCUCCCUGACAUCAAUUUUAGAGAGACAUAUCUCAGCACUGAAAGCGAUAUUGAAGAUGCAGCAACUUCAACAGCUGGAUUCAAAACUGAAACAGCAGCCACCACAUUGAAACAUGCAACCACUGUUAAACCAACAUCAACAGAUUUUACAGUCACUCAAGGGCUCAGUGCAAACCAUUCAGGAAAAUACAUGUCUGUGAAUGGCACCUGUCCAAUAGGAAGUAAUGAGUGGGUAAUUGCUUUCCUUACCACUUUCACAGUGGUAUUGUGUGCAGCCAUAGCCAUUAUCCUGUUUGCAUGCUGGUGUUUGAAAGGAAAAUCUCCUGUAGAACUUGUACAGGAAUUAUGCAAUCACAGAGAAACAGGACCAGAAGAUAGACAAGUCUCACUUACAAGAGUGGAAACCCAGUUAAGCGAUAACUCACAAGAAAAAUCCAGUUUCCCUUUGGCAAGGAGCAGAGAAACUGACAUUAAUGCAUUUUCAGAGGAAAAUAACAGGGUCACACAUUCCUACAAAGAGAGGCAAAACUGUCUAGAAGCUGUUCGUGAUGAAGGCAGUGAUUUUUUACCGCCUGCCAUCUUAGCAGCUAGUGGCACAUUAUCUAAUAGUAACAACGAACUAGACAUUACAAGUGAUGAAACUUCACACGUCCAAGAUACUCAGGAUCAGCAAGAAAACGACAGUGUUACACACCGUAAAGUAGCAAGGGAACAAACUCCAUGUACUCAAGAUGAGCUCCAUCCAUUACUUGCCCAAAACAGUUUACCUCAACAGGAUAAACCAAAUGAGAGUACAGGAGGUAACAACAAACUUUUCCUUGUAAACAAUCAGCAGAGGGAUCUUGUUUUUAUCAAAGCACAAUUGGAGGUGGGCUUUACUGCACAAGGUACACAAGAUGAUGCUGAUCUUCCCCUUGGUAUGCCAGCUUCAGAUGACAGUAAUUAUGCACAGGCACAGCAAGUGCAAGAAAAUCCUGAAAAAAAUGAACAUACUGAACAGAAAACAGUUGUCUAG